UUUGCCCUCGCCCGCGCCGCCUACAAUGUCUCGUCGCUGCACCCGCUGAGCCACAUCCCCGGCCCAAAGCUCAACACCAUGACGUAUCUGCCAGAGUUCUACCAUGACACGAUACGGUUCGGCAAGUACACCAAGGAGAUCCAGAAGAUGCACGAGAAGUACGGGCCGAUUGUGCGGAUCAACCCAGACGAGGUGCACUGCAAUGAUGCCAAGUUCGCCAACGAGAUCUUCCCCUCCGGCGGCCGGAAGCGCAACAAGCCUCCUCACCAGGUCAGAGGCUCAGCCAUCGAGUAUUCGGGCUUCUCCACUGUGGACCAUGACAGACAUCGCCAACUGCGUGCUCCCGUGGCCAAGUUCUUCUCACGGACCCAGGUGACAAAGCUGGAGCCGCAGAUUGCUGGGCAGGUCCAGCGGCUGUGCAGCAGACUCCUCGCCUGGACCAACGGCCAGCCGCUCGACCUCGGCUCCGCCUACAGCUGCUUCACGAGUGAUGUCAUCUCAGGCUACUCCUUUGGCCAGAGCUUCGGCUUCCUCGACAGGCAAGGCCCCAAGGGCGAGCCGGUGUGGGAGCCCAACUACCGCAAGCCCGUGUACAGUCUGUUGCAGACGGUGUUCCUUUUCAGAUACUUCCCAUGGCUGAAGCACGCCUCACUCGCCGCGCCAUACAUGACGAGCAUCAUGCCCGAAGAUAUGGGCCUCUUCAUCAAGACGUUGAUGGUGGACAUUCCCAGCUAUGUCCGCAAGACCCAGGCCGACUUGGACUCCGGCAUCCUGAACGCCAACAACCAGGAGAAGCCCACCGUCUUCGCCUCGCUGCUCACCUCAGACAUGCCCGAGGAGCUCAAGACAGUUACCCGACUGUCGGACGAGGCCGCUGCAGUGCUCAACGCCGGCACUGAGACUACGAGCUGGACUGUCGCCGUCAUCACGUACUACCUGCUCGCGAACCCCGAGAUUCUCGAGCGCCUGACCGAGGAGCUUGAGGACGAGGUGGAUGACCCGCUGAACCUGCCGCGCUGGGCGGCUCUCGAGAAGCUUCCCUUCCUGACUGCCGUUAUCCACGAAGGCCUGCGUCUCUCGUACGGCGUCUCGGCACGCACGGGCAGAGUGCCCACGGCCGAGUCUCUGAUUUAUAAGGGCGAGUGGGAGAAUCCCGAGACUGGCACCACCGAGAGCCUGCAGUACGUCAUCCCUCAGGGCUACGGCAUCGGCAUGUCUGCCGCCAUCACGCACCACGUCGAGAAGACGUUCCCCAACUCGCACACCUUCGACCCGGAGCGCUGGAUCUUUGGCGAGGACGGCGAGGGCGUCAACAAGUUUGGCCAGAAGCGCAAGGAGUUGGAGGACGGACACAUGUCGUUCGGCAAGGGCAGCCGUGGGUGCCUGGGUAUCAACCUGGCGCACUGCGAGCUCUAUCUCUUGGUCACUGCCUUGACUCUGCGUGUUUUGCCGCACAUGAAGCUCUAUGAGACGACAGAGGAGGACGUCAAGUAUGAUUGCGACAUGUUUAUCCCAUUGACAAAGUCUUCCAGCAAGGGUGUCCGUGUCGUCAUC